UCUGCUGAAGCUGAUUCUGUCGGAGGAGGGAUGGCCUACAAAGCCAAGGCUGUGGCAGGACUGCUGGCAGCCACCUGUGUCUUCAGCCUCAUCGCCCUCAUCCUGAGCGUCGUGAAGGUGGAGGAUGCCUUCCUGCUUCCUAAAACCAAGUACGGGCUGGUGUUUGACGCCGGCUCCACACACAGCUCUCUCUACAUCUACUGCUGGCCUGGGGGCAAGGAGAACGGCACCGGCGUGGUGUCCCAGCUGGAGGCCUGCAGCGUGGAGGGACCUGGCAUCUCCAGCUAUGCAGACAACCCUGCUGGGGCUGGAGCCAGCCUGAAGCCCUGUCUGGACAAGGCCAUGGAGAUUGUUCCUGCUGAGCAGCAGCAGGAGACCCCAACCUACCUGGGGGCCACGGCAGGCAUGAGGCUGCUGAGGGAGCAGAACAGCAGCAAGGCCGAGCAGGUGCUGGCUGAGGUUGCCAAGGCCAUCGGGCAGUACCCUGUGGACUUCCGUGGGGCUCGGAUCCUGUCGGGGAACGAGGAGGGCUCCUUGGGCUGGAUCACUGUCAACUACCUGCUGGAGACUCUCCUCAAGUUUUCCUUCGCAGGGCGCUGGGAACACCCCAGGAACAGCCAGGUUCUGGGAGCCUUGGACCUCGGGGGAGCCUCCACACAAAUCACCUUCCAGCCUGGAGUCCCCAUCGAGGACAGGAACUCCUCUGUGCUCUUCAGGCUGUACAGCACUGACUACCCCCUCUACACCCACAGCUACCUCUGCUAUGGGCAGACACAGGCCUUGAAGAUGCUGAUGGCAACUCUCCACCAGGGCAGCUCAUCUCCCCAGCACAUCUCCCACCCCUGCUACCCCCUGGGCUACCAGGAGACCAUCACCGUGGCACAGCUCUACGACAGCCCCUGCGUGCAGGCACCGAGCACAGCCAGCCCUGCAGAGAGCCUGACUGUGACAGGCACAGGGGAGCCAGCAGCCUGCAGUGCUGCCAUCAAGGAGCUCUUCAACCUCAGCUGCGGGGCCAAUGAGAGCUGUGGCUUCAACGGGGUCUAUCAGCCCCCCCUGCGGGGAGAGUUCUUCGCCUUCUCUGGGUUCUACUACACCUUUGACUUCCUGAACCUCACCAGCCUGCAGUCUCCAAGCGAUGUCAACUCCACAAUCCAGGACUUCUGCAGGAGGAACUGGACAGAGCUGGCGGAGAGCUACCCCGAGGCCGGGGAGCGGCUGCACUCCUACUGCGCCGCGGCGACCUACAUCCUCACCCUGCUGCUGGAGGGCUACAAGUUCGACGAGCGGAGCUGGAGCAGCCUGCACUUCAGCCGGCAGGCAGGCGACACAGACAUGGGCUGGACGCUGGGCUACAUGCUGAACCUCACCAACAUGAUCCCUGCAGAGGGGCUGCACCACAUCAAGGGCCACCAGCCCAGCCUGUGGGCAGGGGCUGUGUCCUUCGUUGUGCUGGCCCUGCUGACCGGCCUGCUGGCCCUUUGCCUCCAGUACCUCUGGAAAACCAAGUAGCUCCCAGCCCCUGCCCUCUGAGCUGGG